AUGUACAUAUCGCCAGCCCAAUACUCAGACACAUUUAAAGAAAUCAAAAGAACUUCGCUUUCGCAUUCAACAUGCAAGCUAGUAAUAUUUGUCGCUUGCCUUGAUAUCGAUUCAUUAUGUUCCGCCAAAAUUCUUAGUUUAGUAUUCAAGAAGGAGUUGAUUCAGUAUCAGUUGAUUCCUGUAGUGGGAUACACUGAUUUGAAAGGCCAUUUUCUCAAGCUCGACGAUGAUAUCAGCAAUGUAAUUCUAAUUGGGUGUGGGUCCAUGCUAGACCUUGAGAGCUUCUUCGAUAUAGAGGUUGAUGAAUUUGUGGUGGACCGGGAUGAAUCCUCCAAAUACGGCAGGAGCCGCCGAGAUGACGAUUUCACGGAGAGUGAUGGAAACGAGAUAGAGUUGAGGAGGAAGAUCUAUGUUAUAGAUGGACACAGGCCGUGGAACUUGGACAAUUUGUUUGGCUCGUCCAUGGUGGUUUGUCUUGAUGAUGGCUACGUUGAGGAGAAUUUGAGCACCGAAAAGUCAGCUUACAUAAAGUUGGUGAACGAUGAAGAAGGCGACGAAGUAGAAGGAUCUGAAUCUGAAACGACAGAGAAUGAGGACGACGAUGAAGAAGAAGAAGAAGGCGACGAUGAAGAUGAGGAAGAAGUAGGUAUACUAUCAGAGGAGGACGACACUUUGAUCAACUCGGACUCCUCAGACCCCACACGUAAAAGAAAGCGUGUUGAAAAGCAACAAAUGAAGAGUUUGAGAAAACAGAGGAAAAGAGAGAGAACCGAAAGCGAAAACGUCUUGGAGUCGUACUAUAACCAAGGAACAACGAUAUUUACAUCAACCAGUGCUAUAAUAUAUUCCGUUCUUACUUUAAUUGGGGAAACCAGCAUAGAAAAUUUGUGGCUAGCCAUAAUAGGCACCUCAUCGUUAGAUAAUCAAUAUCCCCAGGUAUACGAUAAGAUCCAGCCAUUGUUCAAAGAGGAGGUAAUAAGACUUAACCCAGAAGACGGCAAUAACAGCAAUGGAGGUAGCAACGGAGUGAAUGCUGACACAAGUACUCUCAGUAUUGAUAAGGACUAUCACUUGUUCUUGCUCCGUCAUUGGACACUAUACGAUUCGUUUUUCUACUCUUCCCAUGUCAACUCCAAGCUCAAUUUAUGGACAGAAGACGGGAAAAAGAAGCUCCACAAGUUAUUUGCCAAAAUGGGGAUCUCAUUGGCAAUUGCACAGCAGAAGUGGUUGUAUGUGGACAUAGGAAUCAAGAAGCAGAUACCUCUGAUCUUUAAGAAAUAUCUUCCUCUUUAUGGACUAGAGGGAAUUGUCAGAGAAGGAUUCAUUCGAACUUUUGGGUACAUGGGUCAAUUAUCUGCCAUGGAAUGUGUAGAAUCAUUAACAGCAUUAUUGGAAAGUGAUAAGAGGAUUUUUGAUAAUAGCGAUCAAAACAGUACCAACAAUAAUGGUAAUAGUGGCAAUAAUAAUAAUAAUGAUAACAGCAAUAACGAUAAUGAUUAUAAUAAGGAAGAUCAUAUAAAUUCACUAAUAGAAAAGAAGGAAAAGAUAUGGGUGAACAACUUUUGGUCUGCCUGGGACGCAUUAAAUUUAAACUCAAAUGGUGGUGGUGCCAGCAGCAGUCGGGGUGGUUCCAUCAAAUCUAUUCAAAUAUUGAAGAAAGCAAAAGGAUUAGACUUGGUAUUCGCCGGUAUAGAGCAUGCCAAGGAUAUCCAACAAAUUAUCUUUAGAACAGGAAUGUCUCUUUUAGAGAGAAAAUUAAUUAAGAACUUGAGGUUGUAUAGACUUUGCGUGUUGAACGAUGGUUCCAUCCCGGAUUUGAAUGUAUUCAACAAUCCUAUAAUUUUAUCGAAAUUAGGAGGUUGGUUGUUAGAAAAUAUUGCAGAGAUUGAGUUUUUGAAUAAUAAUAAUGGAAGAUUAAAGCCGUUGGUAGUUGCUAGUUUGGAUGUAGUCACAGAUACCUACUUGGUUAUUGGGCUAGCACCAAAGUACCCAAGAGGAAUGAACAACUCCAUGAAGUCGAAGUUAUUGCAAGGCAAGGAAAAUAAAGUAAAAAAGUCAGAACCAGGUGAAGACGAUGAAUCAGAUUCGUCGCUUACUACAAGACUCAAUACAUUUAGUGUUGCAUUUCAGCAAGUUUCCAAUUCUUCUGGAGCAAAGGUUAGAAUUGACAGUUUUGACAGCUCAGUUAUAGAGAUUAGGAAAGAUGACUUGUCGCCCUUUUUAGAAAAAUUGACCCUUAGUGGGUUAAUCUGA